UUUUAUAACAUUACUUGAUUAAACAUUCCAACAACUUAGCGACUUUUAUUCCUGACAUUCUCGUUGAUAAGGUGUAUUAUUAAUUUAACAGGAUGGAUCAACCCUACCUGGACCCAGAGAAGAGGUGUUUUGGAGAAUACAUGUGCCCAAAGUGUAAUCGUGAAUGGAUGAGUGGGAACAGUUGGCCAAACAAGGGACAAGAAUGCCAGACAUGCCGCAUCAAUGUCAUGGCUCAUAAACAGAGGCCACUAAAUAGACCUGAUGGUUUAGAUAAGUCUGAUGAUAGCAAGCCCCACCUUACACAUCUCUGCCAGAAAUGCAAGGAACUGGGACACAAUUGCAGAGCUACUAAAUAUAUAGGAAGUGUCCUUCGAAUAACUUACAAAUUAGACCUUCAAAUAACUCACAAAUUAGACCUGCCAAUAACUCACAAAUUA